UCGCCACUGUGUGACGCGCAGACCCGCGAACCAUAAAACGAAGCGGCGGUCGUGAUCCAGGAUUCAGUGUGUAUCGGGCGAUUGCGAGAUCGUCAGGCGGUAUUCUCGUGCGAGAUCAGAGAAAGAGAGAGAGAAGCGCUCGUGGUCGAUCCGUUCAGUCGAUUGUUUGAUGACAAUCGGUGACGAUUGUUCACGCGUGUGAUAUCGCUGAAGUGUCGCGACGUGGAAAAGACGUGCACGCGCGCGAGACGCGAAUUAAGAAGAAGCGCAAAUCACGAUGAUGACCAGCAGGUCCUUUAUCGGGAAGAUUGCCGUCUGCAUUCUGCUGGGCUGCUGCGUGACGACGCGGGUCACCGGCUCGGCGAUACCCAUGUGGGAAUUUCUCUCGAGGGAUGAAAAAAUGAGUCAUCUGUACGGACUAUUCAGCAAACAAGUGGCACAGUUUUGCGCCGAUUCCUCGAGGCCGGACUGCACCAAGAACCUGCUCGUAUCCGGCAUACGAAGCCUCGCCGGCAUGGAUGACAACGUCCUCGACAAGCUGGAUCCUUACCAGCGCGGCGCCAAGGAAAUGAUUUGGCGCGCGAUGGUGGGAAGCAGCAGAAUUUCGUCGAGGGUCAGCCACGACGGCGACGAGUCCUACUUCACUACCGGUGCGGAUUUAGCAGUUAGCAGCGACGGCGAAACGAACGGCCUCGGCGGCGAGGAAACCGCGUCGAGCGGCGAUUACGUGCCGUCGGAAUCGAACGGUCCUUAUCUGGCGGGUCCGAUGGUGAUACGCGUUUAUCCGGACGGCCGACCGGUUCCGGAAGAUCAGAAGCGCCCGUUGCCGAGAGACGAGGACGCGGACGAGAUGCGAUACUCUCGUUUGCCGUCUAUAGAGGACAUCGAAGCCAAGAGCGGCAGCACGUUCUACGGGAAAGGCGCGAAGGAACCCGUAGUAACGGCCAACAGAAGACUGUCCAACUUGGAGGAUUAUCGACAAUUGAAACUGUCGUCGGAAACGUCGCGUUUUCCUAGAAAUCCGCUUUCCUACGAAAGAUUGCGAGUCACGCCGCUGUACAGACGCAGAGUGCGUUAUUAGUGACGAACGAGCUUUCUUGCGUCCGACUGAGAUAAGAGAUACCUUCGAUGGAUCACAUCCAGUUGCAACGCUCCGCGCGAUUAAGGAGAGGAUUCUUGAAAAGAAAAUCUCGCGCCGAGAUCCUGCAGAGAGAGAGAGAGAGACGUCAUCGGAGAUGCGUUCUUGUCGCGGUUUCACAAUAUGGAAAAAAAAAAAAAAAUGGAAAUAAGGAAGAGAGCGCGGAUGACGCGUUGAACACGGACGAUUGAUGCGAUGACGAUUCACAGCCGCAAUUAUUAAUUCAUCACCAAUGAAAUCGCGUUUUAUAAUCUACCGAUAUCGUCGCUACGAUAAGCGCGAAAGGAAAUCUUCGGGCCGUCAGACGUGAUUAAUGAAAAUGAAGGAAGAAAUCUCAAGGACGUGUAGCGUGGAAUGUAAGAAAAAAAAAGAAAAAAGGAAGAAAUUCUCGUCUGCGAUAAAAAAAAAAAAGUUUACGCAAAC